AUGGCAUCGCUCCUCCACGACAUCCAUUCAAUGAGACCUCCUACUUUGGGGCUCAUCCCUCAGGAGAAUCUCGUGUCCGAUAUUGUACUAGCCGAGCUCCAGCCCUACACCAAGACGAGCGGUGGAUAUCUGACCGUCGAGCGCGUGGAGUUUGUUGCUGGUCGUGGCAAUGUCAUCAUCACGUAUCAGCACCCGGAUUUUGCUCAUAGCGAGAGGACGGUGGCGUUCGUAGGCUCCCACAUGGACGUGGUGCCUGCCAACCCCGAGGGCUGGGAGGAAGACCCCUUCACGCUUACAGUGGAAGGUGACAAGCUGUACGGACGUGGUACAACGGACUGUUUGGGUCAUGUAGCACUCAUGACGGAGUUGUUUAAGGGACUGGCCCAGAAGAAGGUCCGUAUCGAGACUAAGGUGGUCUGUGUACUCAUCGCUUCCGAGGAGAGCACGGAGAUUCCGGGGGUGGGGCCUUGCAUUGGCACAGCUGGUGUGAUCACGUGGACACUGAAGGCCACUGGCAAGCUGUUCCACAGCGGUCUACCCAAUUAUCACGAGACCGGGGACUUGGGCUCGGGAAGGUGA